CUUCUUGCUCUAAAGCCCCCUGUGCACUUUUACGUUCCUUCUUUUUUCUUUUUGUUCGAUUUCGUUAUUCCGACCUUAUUACACUUCCUUCGUUCUUUCGUCUUUUCAUUCCCAAAGAGUUCUCUCAUUUUCCCAACUCACCAUGAAAUUCUCCCUCGCCCUCCUCGCCACUGCGGCCCUGACAGCGACAGGGGCGCUUGCCCUCCCCCACGGCAACACCGAGAUGGCCAAUAAGCAACCCAUGAACAUGAGCACGAUGGAGGACAGCCCCAACACCGCCACGCAGACUCCCUCGUCGUCACCUUCCUCCAAGCCCAGCAGCAGCAGCAGUUCCGGCAGUACCCCCCAGCCGAGUAAGAAGGCCGCUACCCAGGGUGAAACCGACGAUGAUUUCAUCUCGGCUCUAUUGGGCAGUAUUGGUCUGGAUGGUCUCCUUGGUUAGGACUUGUGAAUUGCAGGUUACGAAUGGGCCCUGGGCUGUUGGGUUGUGGGAAGGUCAAUGGAGGGAAAAUAGGUCUGAGAGAGAGGGUGAAAGGAAGGGCAUUAGCGGCAAGGGAACGGGACGAAGGGGAGGGGAUACCCUUUCGAUUUGGAUGGGGGGCAAAGGCAAGGG